GUAUGAUGAGAGUCAGCCAGUCAGCAUGGAGCUCACCACACUGUGCACGGUGCUCGCCACUCUGAGAGUCCUGCCCAACAAGUCCCAGUUCUUUAAGUACGAGUCUGUCUCUUUUAGCUGUGAGGGAAACUCUUCUGAGUGGAAAGUGAAGAGGAACACAUCUAGAAACACAAAUGAAGAGUGUUCGAAUUACUCAGACAGAAAAAACCCCAACCACUGUGUUAUUGGGGACCUUUACAGCCUUGACUCUGGGGUUUACUGGUGUGAGUCUGAGGCAGGAAGGUGCAGCAACAGCGUCAGCAUCACUGUGUCCGUUGGCUCUGUGAUCCUGGAGAGUCCUUCUGUUCCUGUGAUGGAGGGAGAAUCUGUGACUCUGAGCUGCAGAAACCAGACCUCCAUCCUGUCAGGUGACUUCUAUAAAGAUGGCCGCCUCAUCAGGAGCAGCUCUUCAGGAAACAUCACCAUCCACAGGGUUUCUAAAUCUGAUGAAGGACUCUACAAGUGCAUCAUCUCUGAUGGUGGAGAAUCACCAGACAGUUGGCUGACCGUCAGAGAAGCAGUGCGUCAGGAGUCGCCUGCCCCCCCCCUUGUUCUGGUUUUACUUCCUGUGUGUGGUGUGUGCCUCGCGCUGGGCUCUCUGAUGCUGCUCGGCCUCUGGAGGAACCACAAAGAUGCUGACGCUGCAUCGACCUAUUCUACUGUUCUGUACUCUGUGAAAAUGGGAAACUACAGCUAGUAGCUUGGAAGCUUUUUAUAAUUGUGAUGUACCUGCUACUCCAGCCUAAUAUAUUUAAGAUGUAUAUUAAGUGCUUCUACAAUUUGGGUUGCACAGUUUUGACAUAAAGGGACUAAUAAAAGACGUACACAGAUUCAAUAAC